AUGUGCAAACUGUUCCAUAAAUGCAAAAAGGUCAAGCUUAUAGCAACUAACAACAAAUAGCAAAAAUAUGCAAAUAAUAGGAAUGUAAACAACCUACUGUGUUUAUUGAGAGUAGUGAUGUUUUAGAGUCUUACAGCAGCUGGGAGGAAGGACCUACCAUAAUGCUCCUUUGUGAAUCUUGGAUGGCGCAGUCAGAAGGAGUGGCAGCAGUUCUGUUCCAGCUGCAUGCAUGAGAUGAAAUAAGUGGUAAGAAUAUCCACAUUCUGAACAAAUUCUAUAAAAACAUGAGCAGUACAAAAGCAAUGCCAUAAUUUAUUACUUUAUCCCUGCUUAAAAUUACCAAACAUUCAACAAUUAUGAAGGUUUGUACUGUUCAAAUGUCAGUUUUGUUACUUUAUGUCACUGUUUUCACUAAGUAAAGAAAUGCCACCACAAACAGUUGUUCCAAAAUGUUGGGCAGCUUGGGAAUGCUUUUUUUUUUUAAGAUCAGUAUUGAAUACGUGAUUUACCAAAAUAUUCACUUUCAUGCAUUGUUUGUUUUUGAGCACAAUCUGAUUUAAAAUGAACUGCCCUCUUGACUCGUCACUAAGUACAAAAUGUACACUUAAAAAUGCUAUAAAGGUACAGAUGAAUAUUUUUUUCAGCUUUUUUAGGUUAAAUCUUGAUCAAACUUCCAAACACUGAAUAAUUAUCAGCGCUUUUGUCCUUCAAAUGUCACUUUUAUUACAUUAUGCUAAAGAAAACACUUAAAAAUGUUUUUUUUGUUUUCAUAUAACAAAUCUAAGAACAAAAAAGGCCCCAUUGACUCCCAUUGAAACUACAAUCUCUAAUCCCCACAACUGUUUCACAAUAAUAUUCUGAAAUAUCUGAAUAAGAUUAUAUUAUAAUCAUACAUUAUAAGCUAUUAGGGUUUAAUUUUUGAGAAAAGUAGUACAUUUUGUCUGUGUAAUUUUCCUGUAAUAUUUACAGAAAAUACAGAAAGUAGGCUGUCUAUUGUUUUAUCUUCUGAUUGAGAUGAAUCUGUUGCUAAGUGACAGACUCAGUCACUAUGUAGAAAGCAAGCAAUAAUUUAAUCAGCAGCAAAGUGGCUGUAGGGAUAAAGGAAACACCAAGGAUUCCAUCCUAUGUUAAGAAUCAGAGAUUAGAAAAGCACAAACAAAUAAAGACGCUGUUACAGUUUAUUCUUAGAUGCCAAGAAAGCUUAUGACCAGGUGCUCAAAGAAGAACAUUUUAUUGAAAAUAAUGACGGACGGAUGUUAAGCUUUUGUGAUCCAUGUUUUGAUGCAAUGUCUGGGUUGACCAGCUUUUUUCCCCAAAACCAGGAAACCCCGACCUUGACGUAGAGCCACUGUAGUCGUACAACUUGUCUUCUUUUUUUCUGUUUCUCCUGUCACUUCUCAGUAUUCAGAUGAUUUAUGUUUUCCCUCCAACUUUAGGCUGAACUUUAAUCCUGCGUUCCUUCUGUUCAGUCAUCUGUCCAACAGAUUUGCUGAUAAUAAUAAAUUUAAAUCUUCUGGCCAGAAUCUGCUGAAAUGUGGAUUUUUGAACAUCCCAACAGAUAUAAAAUUAUAUAGACUGGGCUCUCAGGACCUGAAUUUACUCAGCAAAAGAUGAAUGUUGACAAUAUGUAUUUUAGUAAAAUGAAUAGGACAAAAGCUGCAAAGUUGGCAGUAGCUAUGGUAAUGUUCCCAUUAAAGACAGAUGGUUCUCCCUGUUUAACGCAGAAGUAAAACAUUUUACUUGUAGGAUUGUUCAAGAUGGACCCAUGACUCAGCUCUUCUCAGAAUCUCAAAUCACUUCAAGCUGUAAAGCGAUGCAGGUGAAUGUAUAGCCUGCUUUUGUUGGACUAGACUCAGUUAUUCUUAGAAACUUCAGUACUUUGCAUUUUCUGCUUGUAUUUACUUUUAGUUUGUUCUUUUUUUUGUACAGCACUUCAAGUCUAAUUUUGUUGCAUUUUUAUGUGCUUCAAAAUAAAAAUUUAUUUAAUUUAAUUUUACUUAAUUUAAGACAUAAGAGAUCUGAAAAAUAAAAUUCACGUCUGAUGUCUGUACAGUAUCAGCUGAUGAUAAUAAGCUGCUGUUUCAGAGGUAACAUUACUGUCCCCUGAGUGAUUCGUGUAAACUUCUGUAAAUGUACUUCUUCCAGCUUCUCUACUGUAAAGGACAAUCUUCCAUUAAUAAUAGAGUCCAGCAGGAGGGGUGGGAAACAGCGCCAUCUGCUGGGCAUGGUUGUUUAAUUCACUUCAAUUGAAGAGAAUCAAUUAGCAGUUAAUGCAGACUUUUAGCCAUCCCAGGAUCUCUGGACAUAUUUUAUUUUUACUUUUUCGCUAAAUUUGGCUGUGUUGGCGUAAAUAAAAAAUGACAACAAAUGCAAACCUUUGAUCAGGAUGUUUUUUAGAGGGUGAGUAUUAUUUCUUAUUUAUUUACUUACUUAUUUAAAUCUUUGCUAUGCUUUUCAUGGAGCAAUCUGUGUCUCGUCAGCCCUUUAUGUCUGACUGACUUGCAUUACUUUGGAUUACAAGUAAUGCUACUGCUACUGAAACAAAUACACUUCAGUAGCACUGAAAUGUAUUUAUUUAUUUACAUCCCUUCAAAGUACUUAUAUCUACAAACUGGGAAGCAUUAUCUCAUGUCUCACAUUAUUAGUAGUCAAAAAAGAUAAUUGAUAUGUGAAUAUUAAAGUUUUAAAAAAUUUAGAAAAUAUACUGUACUCUGUUCUUUGGUAUUAAGAAAGAGUAUUUUCUUGUCUCCAAAGGACUCUUUAUCCAAUAUAUAUAUAAAAAAAUAAACAUAAAAGAUAAAUUGAUUAAAAUUAGUGUUGAUGUGAGUUUUUGAUCCCAGAAUAUUUUCCACAGGUUCAUGUUUUUGACGGGACAUUACAAGUUAUCCAUUCAUUCUGCAGUUUACUUAUUAAAUAAAACUCCAUGCUGGCUGAAUCUACCCAUUUGUGUCUGUUCUUAGCAUCCCAGCUGAACUCCCACUAUGCUGCAUAUUUUAAAGUCUUUAGACUUAAAGGAAGAAUAUGCAGUUUUCUCAGGCUUUUUAACAACUUCAGCCAAUCAAAUAAGGCCCAACUCUGCUGCAUGCAAAUACAUUUGGUCCACUGCUGUUCAGGUUCGGGCUUCUGGGGAUCACUGCUUGCAAUCAGCCGAUCUCUGCGCUUGUGCUGGUCCUCACUCAGUCACCUUUACCUCAACUUAAAAAUGACAACUUCAGGGAUGCAAAAGGGUAGUCCUCUGACGCUGGUGCUCAUGGUUGCCUCUGCAGCCAUCGGAGGAACUCUGCAGUACGGCUACAACCUGGCCAUAAUGAAUGCUCCAACAACUUUCAUUCAAACCUUCAUCAAUGAGACUUUCCUGCAACGCUGGGACAUCCAGCUGGAGGACUACCAGGUGACUCUGGUGUGGACAAUCAUUGUCUCCAUCUUCUCGUUGGGGGGAUUUGCCGGAGCGCUCAUAGCGGGACCAAUGACCAUCCACUUUGGGAGGAAAAAAUGUCUGCUGCUGAACAAUGUUUUUCUCAUGAGCGGUGCUCUGUUGGCCCUCACAAGCCGAGCUGCCGGGUCGUUUGAGAUGAUCAUGCUCUCACGUGUCCUGAUUGGAAUAAACGCUGGAAUCAGCAUGAAUGUACAACCCAUGUAUUUUGGAGAAAGUGCACCAAAGCACUUGAGAGGAGCCAUCUCUCUGUCAUCGGCUGUUUUCACUGCUUUCGGUGUCGUCCUGGGGCAGAUCGUCGGUCUCAGGGAGAUUUUGGGGUGUGAGUCAUGCUGGCAGUAUCUGCUAGCCAGUAAUGCUAUUCCUGGCUUCAUCCAGCUUCUGACCCUGCCGUGGUUUCCAGAGAGUCCCAGAUACCUGCUUAUCGACAGAGGGGACAAAGAGGCUUGUAUUAAUGCUCUGCGUCGUCUCCGAGGCUGUGAGGUUGAGAGUACUGAGCUCGAUGAGAUCCUGCAGGAACAGGCAGAAACUAAAGGCAUGAGACCAAGGCGGCCAUGGGAGCUUUUCACUGAUCGCUCUGUGCGCUGGCAGCUCAUCUCUGUCAUCAUCAUCAGCAGUGCCAUGCAGCUCUGUGGAAACGACUCGAUUUACUUCUAUGCAUCUUACGUGUUUAAAGAGGCCGGCAUAUCUGAAGAACAAAUUCAGUAUGUCACAAUCGGCACUGGGACUUGUGAGUUCACAGCGUGUAUUAUGUGUAAUCUGCUGGUUGAGCGUAAAGGUCGGAGGUUCAUGUUGAUGGGAGGAUUCCUCCUCAUGACCAUCUGGGCCAUCGUCUUCACCAUCGCUCUGUCAUUUGAGCAAUAUGUGUCUUGGAUGUCUUACCUGAGCAUGGCCUGCAUCUUCACCUAUAUUCUCAGCUUUGGGAUGGGACCAGCUGGAGUAACCGGCGUUCUUCCCACUGAGAUCUUCAAUCAGGCGGCGCGGCCAGCUGCAUACAUGAUUGCUGGCUCCAUGAUGUGGCUCAACCUUUUCAUCGUUGGGAUGAUCUUCCCAUUUCUGGUGAGUGGACUGAGUGAAUACUGCUUUGUGCCUUUCGGAGCCAUCUGCCUGUCGUCUGCUCUGUACAUCGGCCUGUUUUUACCAGAGACGAAGGGAAAAUCUCUAUCAGUCAUCACAAGUGAAUUCCACAGGAUGAACUUCAAAAGCCAAAAUGACAGAAGUUUGGAAUUACAGACUCAAUAUAAGCUGGGCGAAGUGUGUCUUUCCACGGCCUUAUAGGCAGACUAUUUAAUGCUG